UUUCUCUCUCUUGCGUACGCGUGACGUUCAGUAGCUCAGUCGCAACUGAUCGGUGGUCACGUUAAAUUGAUGAUUAUAAAGACGUCUUCAUUUUGUUGAAAGUUCUACAACUGGACAGUACUAGUGCUCAUCUAUAUUCAUUCGAUAUACCUUCCAAAAAAGAAGUACGAUUUAUCGAUAAACAAUAGAUCUUUCCUUUUCAAGUGCCAACAAUUAAUAAUAUCGAAAUUUAAGAUUGUCUUCAAACUCUUGUGACAACAAGGGUACCAAAAUUUCCUCGAGAAUGCCGAUACUUUCCGAUUUCUCUCGACGAUUUCAAUUAUUGACGACCGAUGCGAAACCUGAUCCACCACGAGUCCCGAUUCAGGAUUAUACGAAUAAUUUGCAGCCAAAUAAUGAAGAGGAGAAAAAGAGAAAAUUUUCUUUAAGACAAUUAAUAUCAAAGAAAAAUUGUGAACAAAGUAAUAGUGCAACGUCAUUGCAACGACAAAAGUCUGCACCAAGUGGCGUUACUACACCUUUUGCUGCUGCCGAUUUUCCUCCUAAAAAGCCGACAAAUCUUGAUAAUGAUGAUAACGACAACGACAAUGAUCUUCCUUCGACAAAUGGUUUCAGGGAAUAUAAAAAACCAAACGUCAAAACGAAAACGAAGUCUCGAACAACGAAAUCUUCACAAUCCGCGAAUGUCGUCAAUUACAAUAUCGUUAAUUCGAAUGGAGUAAAAAUUGGAGCGAGGACAAGUUAUAUUUGUAAUAUCAACAAUUUUUCAACAGAUAAGUCUGUCCCGACGGAUACUAAUUGUUCAAAACCUAAAUCAAGAUUAAUGCCGGAAAACGUCGAAUCGUUAACUAGGUGUGAAGAUGAAAUUACUUUCGAUGAUAUGUUCAUAAUAAAAACUCAUAUUGGUCAUGGUUGGAAAGAUGUUGCCAGAAGACUUUCUUAUUCAGAUGGUCAGAUCGAACAGUUCGAAGAGAAUUAUCGACAUAAAGGUGUAGACGAGAUAAUGUAUCAACUGCUUCUAGAUUGGAAACGGGCUAACACAAAAGAUGCACAAAUUGGAAAUUUAAUAGAAGUUUUAUGGUUUUGUCAAGAGUAUGAUUGUGCAGAACGAGUAGCCAAUUCUCGUACAAAAUUAUAAUAACAAAGUGUUAUGUGAUAUUUAUAAAUAUAAAUGCAAAAUCGAAUAAGAUAAAAUUUACUGAUAUAAUAUAUUUUUAUAUUAACUUACAAUUUGUCAGUAAUGGAGGUCUGACCUAAUGGACAAAGUUUCGUCGAAAUAUAUAUGAUAUAUUUGUAAUAUCUAUGUUCAUAUAAUACAUAUUACUGACUAUUUCGUUUCUAAGAUGAAUGAGAUAUUUUUACUAAAAAAUCUCUAUGUCUUAUAAUUUACUGUAAUAGUAAGUUAUUGUAGUUUUACCGAAUCUGUGAUCUAACUAUUUUAUUUUCAUAAUGUUCUAUCAUAAGUCUUAUUAAUAAAGAAUCAGUUUAAACAAU